AACAGGACGCAUAGUCGAUCACAGUGCUCACAGCCUACACAUGCGAACAUGGCGGAUGACAAGGAUCCAUUCAGGCAGUUAAAGGAUCUAGCCCUGCUUAAAGGCCAGCUGGAUGACAUUCAACGACGAGUGGAGACUGAGGUGCAAGCUGGACUUCCUCAGGGCGGGAGUCUGUUGGGCUCUCCCUUCCUCAAGGGCUUUCUGGCUGGAUACAUCGUAGCGAAGCUGCGCUCUUCAGCCAUCAUGGGCGUGCUUGUGGGAACCUGCACCGGAAUCUAUGCUGCUCAGAACUUUAAUGUGCCCAACGUUGAGCAGACCAUAAAGGGCUAUUUCAGCUCCUUUAGGAAGAGCAAAUAGAAUUGUGUACACAGCUCAGGGUUGACAAAAUAGUCAAUGAAUCAUGCAUCUCAUACUUUUUUCCUCACUUCAGCCUCCUAGGAAGCACUGCACUGAAGGCCAUGCAGUUUUCCAGUAUAUUGCUGUGCAGAGUGGCUAAUGUAAAUAAUGGGAUGUGAUUUAAUUUUCCAUGAGAUUUAACUGGGAGCCAAUAUGAAAGUUUUUGUUUAGUGAUAAACUGGCAGCUCAGGGAUGAGUUUCCCCAAAGUGUUGUAACACAGUGAUCAUUAUGUGAUUGCAGAACUAGCAUCAUUUUCGUUACUCUCACUGAUACUUAAAGUGGUGAUCUGAACAUAAACAUACCGAUACAAAACUUUUUGGAAACUGAUCUUCUAAAGUUUACCGUAAAGCCUUUCUGGUGCUUCAGACUAAAAUUUGGUCAUCUUUCUCCUUUUAAAUAUCCAGUAAUGUCAUAACUAACAUUCUGGUCAACCUCUACAGAACGCUGCAGUGCAGAGUGGUUGAAUUAUUCAGCAUCCUCCAUGCCACCAGUGUCUAAUUGCAGCAAAGUCAGCUUUGAUUUGUGCCUUUUUUCCUUCCAGUGUAGCUGAUAGGGCGAUGACCUGGCAUGUGAGUGCUGUACACAAUCAGUAUCACCUUUCGAACAGCAGAUCAUGGAGCAAUCAAGCAUUUUUGCACUUUAGCCCUACUGGAUUUGCUGAGAUGAUAGCGAAUAAAGCAUCCAUGAAAUGGUGGCAAAAAUUCUUAUUA